AAUUUUGGCAUGGUUGAUCUUUACGGGACCGAGUGAUUUUAGAACCGUUUUGUGGAAUUAUUAUGAAAAUGGAGUGGAAACCUGAACAAGAAGGAUUGCGACAGAUAUUAACACUUCUUAAGGAGUCGCAAUCACCAGACACAGCAACCCAAAGAGCUGUUCAACAAAAAUUGGAAGAACUCAACAAAUAUCCGGAUUUCAACAACUAUUUGAUUUUCGUAUUGACUAAAUUAGUCACUGAGGAGGAACCAACAAGGUCUCUCAGUGGCUUGAUUUUGAAAAACAAUGUAAAAGCUCACUACAAUAGCUUUUUGCCUGAAGUAGCAGAAUUUAUCAAAAGGGAAUGCCUAUCAGCAGUUGGAGACCCAUCACCACUCAUCCGAGCUACUGUUGGCAUUAUUAUCACCACUAUUGCCAGCAAAGGUGAACUAACCUCAUGGCCAGAACUCUUACCAGCCCUGUGUCAAAUGCUUGACUCUCAGGACUAUAAUGUUUGUGAGGGAGCAUUUGGAGCUUUGCAAAAAAUAUGUGAGGAUACAGCAGAGCUACUGGAUAGUGAUGCAUUAAAUAGGCCUCUGAAUGUUUUGAUUCCAAAAUUCCUGCAGUUCUUUAGGCAUUCAUCUCCAAAAAUCAGAUGUCAUGCUAUUGCCUGUGUGAAUUACUUUAUUAUGGGACGUACACAAGCACUUAUGCUACACAUAGAUUCCUUCAUUGAGAAUUUGUUCCAUCUAGCAGCAGAUGAAGAUCCAGAUGUAAGGAAAAAUGUUUGUCAUGCUUUGGUACUUCUGCUGGAAGUACGACUUGAUAGACUCAUACCACAUCUACCCAACAUUAUAGAGUACAUGUUACUUCGCACUCAAGAUGCCGAAGAAGGUGUUGCCUUGGAGGCCUGUGAAUUUUGGCUGUCUCUUGCUGAACAAAAUGUCUGCAGAGAGGUGCUGGGCCCGCGCCUGCCGGCUUUGUUGCCGGUGCUGGUGCGUGGGAUGCGCUACUCGGAAAUGGACGUGAUCCUGCUGCGAGGCGACCGCGACGACGACGCCGACGACGCCGAGCCCGAUCGCGAGUCCGACAUCCGGCCGCGCUUCCACAAGCCGCGCUCUCACACCAUCAAGCACAACGCGGGCGCGGGCGACAGCAACAUGUCCGGCGGCGGCGAGUCGGACGACGAGGAGGAGGGCGGCGCGGACGCGGACGACGGCUCGCUGUCGGACUGGAACCUGCGCAAGUGCUCGGCCGCCGCGCUCGACGUGCUCGCCAACGUCUUCGGCGCCGACCUGCUGCCCGUGCUCUUCCCCAUCCUCAAGGAGACGCUGUUCCACGAGAACUGGGUCAUCAAGGAGAGCGGCAUCUUAGCGCUGGGCGCGGUGGCGGACGGCUGCAUGAGCGGCAUGGUGCCGCACCUGCCCGACCUGGUGCCGUACCUGGUGUGCUGCCUGGCGGAGCGCAAGGCCCUCGUGCGCGCCAUCACCUGCUGGACGCUCUCGCGCUACUCGCACUGGAUCGUCUCGCAGCCGCACCACGAGCCCUACCUGCGCCCCGUCAUGACCGAGCUCCUGAAACGCGUAUUGGACAACAACAAACGCGUGCAAGAAGCCGCUUGCUCGGCUUUUGCCACGCUCGAAGAGGAAGCUUGCACAGAGUUGGUGCCGUAUCUUGGAUAUAUCCUGCAGACAUUGGUCUACGCCUUCAGCAAAUACCAGCACAAAAACCUGCUCAUACUGUACGACGCCAUAGGAACGCUGGCCGACUCGGUGGGCCACCACCUCAACAAACAGGAGUACAUCAACUUACUGAUGCCACCACUUAUCAACAAGUGGAAUGUACUUAAAGACGAAGACAAAGAUUUGUUCCCCUUAUUAGAGUGUCUGUCCUCAGUAGCAACAGCUCUACAGUCCGGCUUCCUGCCUUAUUGUGAACCUGUGUUCAGAAGAUGCGUGUCCCUGAUAGAACAGACACUAAAUCAGAACAUUGCGAACAGCCAGAGUCCGGAGCAGUUCGAGGCGCCGGACAAGGACUUCAUGAUCGUGGCGCUGGACCUGCUCAGCGGGCUAGCCGAGGGGCUGGACGGACACAUCGACCACCUCGUGCUCAACUCCAACCUCAUGCAGCUGCUGUACCAGUGCAUGCGCGACCCCAUGCCCGAGGUCCGCCAGUCGUCGUUCGCGUUACUAGGCGACCUGACGAAGGCGUGCUUCCAGCACGUGCACCCGUACAUCCCCGAGUUCCUGCCCAUCCUCGGCAUGAACCUCAAUCCCGAGCUCAUAUCCGUGUGCAAUAACGCCACGUGGGCGAUCGGAGAAAUUAGCAUCAAAUUAGGUCCAGAAACGUCAAAAUAUAUUCCUCUAGUACUCAACCACUUAGUAGUUAUAAUCAAUAGGCCUAACACACCCAAGACACUGCUUGAAAACACAGCGAUUACUAUCGGUCGGCUAGGUUAUGUGUGCCCCCACGACGUCGCACCCGUAUUACAUCAAUUUGUACGCCAGUGGUGCACGUCGCUGCGGAACAUCCGCGACAACGACGAGAAGGACUCGGCCUUCCGCGGCAUCUGCCAGAUGAUCCAGGUGAACCCGGGCGGCGUGGUGCCCGACUUCAUGUUCUUCUGCGACGCGGUGGCCUCGUGGACGCACCCCAAGGACGACCUGAAGGACAUGUUCACGAAGAUCCUGCACGGCUUCAAGAACCAGGUGGGCGACGACAACUGGCACCACUUCACGGCGCAGUUCCCCGCCGCGCUGCGCACGCGCCUCACCGACAUGUGCGGCAUCUAGGCGACCACGCUGCUUUAUGGGGAAUCAAUGUCAGCAGGGGUCGGGUGGACAUUGCGGAGUAGGGACUCUCGCCACCGACCACGCGGCGCGCAGCUGCCCUUUGUGCCAACACGUAACCUUAGACUCGCGACUCGCGAUACCUUAUACAUGUAAAUUGUCGCACACACUAUUUUACGUCGUUUGUACCUGAGCGUUUUCCGUUCGUUAGCUGAGAUGUAGGCGGCGAGUCCACGGCGGUCGCACCGGCGGCCGGGUCGGCGGGUGGGAUGUACGUCACGUAUACACGGGGUGCUAGGCUUAUUGUAUUCGUAUUGUGUAAUAUGUCGCACGUUGCAUGCUUACGUGCCGUUUCGAUUUGUUAACGGAUUGAGUGUCACUCGUUGGCCUGUAGUCGUAGAUAUUACUCACAGUCUUUUUGAAGUGGUGACAUAUUAAGCUAGCUGUGGUCGGAAUAUCUACUAUAUUUGCAUGAAACCUAGUAAUAGUUCAUACUUAGAUUGUUGAUUCGGUGAUGAGACAUACAUUAAUUUGUCGGUAGCUACUUUGCUAUUCGAAAAAAAGUGAUUUUCUUAAUUUUUUUUCUCUUAAACGUAUUAUUAUGUCCUUAAAUUGAUGCGGCAAGGACAUUUAGUAAUGAUUUAUUUAACAUUAUAGUACAAUUUCAGAUUUGGUUAUGUAAAAUCCUAGUUAGAGCUUAAGUUUUUCGUAAACAGUCUCAUCACGGAUUAAUUUGCAUCGUAUAGUCGUUACUAAAGCAUUAUAAUGUUUUCGCCUAUAUGUUGGGAUAAAAUAUAUAUUUUAGUGGUAAACAAUAUUGGUAUAAUAAAGUCAGUUUCUGCAUGUUGUUCCUGAGCUUUUCUAUACAAUACCGAUGUGCGUAACAUUUUGUAAAAGUACUGAAUCACGCGGUAUCCUAACAGCUGGAGAAAGGCCAGGUGACGUGUCGGACUAGUGUGUAGUGGUCACGUCUCGCUGCUCAACAGAACCGUUUAGUAGAAGAUAUUUGUUUACUAACACAUUAUGUUUUUAAAAUUACGUUCACAUAUCUGGAUAAUUAUUUUUCUAAAAUAUGGAUUAUGGUCAUUAUUUUCCAAAAGCAUUUAUUUUGUCUCCACUUAGGCUUUUUCAAAUACAUGUGUUUUAGUGUUUAAAUGAUGAGUUAACUAUUAUUUUAUGUAAAUUACAAGACUUAGUGAAAUCGAGAAUUUAUGUCAACUGUGAUUUGUGACUGGUUUAUUUUGACUAAUAUAUGUGUAUGAUUAUAUGUCUGUGUCAGUGUAGAUGUAAUAUACUGCUUUGAUAGAUUUUAUGACGGCUAGAUUUCUGCUAUAUAAUUGUACCAAAUAGUAUUUUUACGUUGUAUAUUGUUUUAAUGGAUUUGUAUGUUUGCGGUCGCGGCGAGGCGGGCUCGCCGCGGGGCGUCUAUAUGAUGGAUAUAAAGUAAUAUUUACGUGUAUAUUAAAUGAAACUAAUAUUAUGUAUAUGUAAAUACAUAUUACGAUGUAUAUUAUUGUAUGCAAGUAAAAUUGUUAUUUUUUGUUUAAAAAUGCUAAAAGUCUGACUUUAAACAGUUGUUAUAAUAAUAUCAUUUAGUUUUUCAGAUGUGUAGUUUGUCUGAAAUUGUGUGGUUCGAGUGAAUAUUUAGUGACCUAUUAUAAAAUUGCAAUCCUAGCUUUAGAACAUCAGAUAUUAUUCGUUUUCUUUUUUGGGAUAUAAAAAUUACAUUCCGUCUGAUCUAAAUUAAUUUGGGGCUUUCACUGUUCCUUAAUUAUUUAUUAUCACUACACAUCUUCUUACAUGUAGUAUGUAAUGUAGUUGAGUAGGCGCUCCUCGGUCCCUGAGUCCCGGUCGGUUCCUAUCCCAAGUCCUAUCUAGUCCCGUUCCUUGUCAUGUGCCAACGAAGCCCGAAGCUUGUGGAUGGAUGCGUCCUUUGUCCGUAUUCGACUCGGAAUCGUAACUCGUUUGAAUUCGCAUUAUUGCAAGGCGCUUAAUUCUGAUUGUUACUUAAAUUAAAUUUCAAAUUGUCGUCUGUUAAAAAUAAUUUGUAAAUCAAUGUUUAUUUUUUUAAGAGAAUAAAAAACAUAACCUUACGGGUGGCGUAAUUUAUUUUUAAGUAGAUUUAUUGUCAUGAGUUUUAUUAUAAUAGUUUUUGAUUUUCCUAAAAUGAAACGGUGAUAAUAGAUUAUUAAGUGAUCGCAUGCUUGAGUGAGCGUAUGAGGCGGCAUUCGUGAGGCACUCCCUUCCUCGAGGUGUAUGUGGAAUAUUGUAGUUGUAUUGUGCGGACGAACAUUUGUGAUUAAUUGUCGAUAUAUUGUACGUUGCAAGCGAUGCGUUAUUUUUCUGUUGUACAUUCAAUAUACAUUAUUUAUUAUUCUAUGGUACGUAUUUAUAUAUUUACAUAUUUAUAUGAAAGUAAUCUUGUCGUCGAAAUACAUUCGUGUGUGUACAUAACAUUUUUAUUAUUAUUUACCAUUUCUUUUUCCAUCUUAAAAGGAUUAAUAUACAUUUUACUCAUAAAUAAGUAUUCACGUAUUAUUUCGGGCAAAAAAGAUCCAAAACGUUUGGCCAAAACAACAAUAGUUAUCUUAUACAUCCAAAUAACUUUGAACGAAAGCAAUACCAUAAAUAAUUGUCCUUUUUUUUUCUAUAAACUUAUUUCUCUAUUAACUUCUUGCAAUUUAAAUAGUUCCUAUGUUUUACUGUAGUUUAUUUCUACCUCAUUUGCAGUAAAACUCAAUUUUCCCCCAAACUAUUGUUAAAAAUAUGAAUUUAGACAAUUCUCCGCUGAACCGAAAGAAACUACAUAAUAUCAAACAAUUAUAUUUUAUAUAUGAUAAUUUUAAUGAUUUUUAAUACACCUUAAUAUUACUGAUAAUCGAAACUAUACAGGAUCUUCAAAUAGUUGUCAUAUUAUUAACUAGCUUUAUAACGAGGUUCUAAUUCUAUUACCAAAAAAACAAAUUUCCUUAGCACUAUUCAGGAUUAGCUAUGUAUGUAUGUUUACUGCCAAAUAUUAAUAUCAAUAUUUAUCAGCUUCGUUGUAAUAGAAAAACUUAAGGCAUUUAAAUUUCUGUUAAUAGUCAAAUUAAUAAAUAUACAUGCCCAGUGGUGCGUUUAUUCGGUUACUUCUUGCAUUAAUAUGUAGAAAAAGAAAAAAACUUUGUUAUCGCACACAAAAAACGUGUUUAAUGUAAUUUAAAGCACCGACACUUUGUAAAUCUCAACUAAAAGUUGAUUAUGAUUUACUUAAAACAAUUUGUUGCCAUAAAAUUAAUACUCUAGAAGAAAAAAAAGAAGAAAAAAGUUGAUUGUUUUUCGACGAAUCGAUUAUUUAACAUUUAUUUUAUAGUUAUAGAUAUUUAUUAUAUACCAUAUUUUAUGAUACUAUGUAUUAUAUCCUAAUUACCUAAUUCACAAACAAAUCCAGUUGUAGGUAUUUACAAAUCACUCCAUUUUUUAUAAAUGUAUUGGUGAAGUUAGUAUUAAUAAAUUACUGUCUUUAUGAUCAUGAAAUAAAUUGUUGUCUAAUUGUAACAAUUUGAUAACCACUAUUCCUAUACAAGUUGAGUACAGAUUUUUUUAAACGUUUCUUACUGAAGAUGAUAUCACAUAUUGAAAGUUAAUAAGAAAAACAUUACAUAACUACAAGUACUUCAGAUAGAUAUACAUAAAUAUUAUUAUUGUAUAGUACGGCCAACGGUAUACCAAGCUUAGAUUUGUAAUACUAGUAAGUGAAGAACUAAUGGCUGCUCAACAGAAAAUCAUCAGUUUGUUGUAUUGUUGACGGUACUCUCUCACAAUCAUAUUUCUGUACUCACAGUUUCAACUGUUAGACAUCAAUUACAUGUUACAGUAUGCAGAUGUCUUAGGCGACUGACUCUUAACAUAAUGGUAUAAAACUUAGUGAGUUAACAUUUAAGUUUCGGUUGUAACAUACAGACCUCACAAUAGACAUUCUUAAAAAAGCAUCGUUAAUAAAGCACUCAUUGUUCGAAUA